GAGAGAGAGAGAGAGAGAGAGAGAGAGAGAGAGAGAGAGAGGACAGAAGAGCCCGAGGAGGAGAGGAGGAGGAUGGAUCGGAGGCAGAAGCAGGAUUCCUUGUAGUCUGGAGGAUGCUGCUCUGACAUGCGGACCGUCUCCCGUUUUACCGGCUCCACCUGACCGACACCUCACCGCUACUCUCUCUCGCUCUCUCUCUCUCUCUCUCUCUCUCUCUCUCUCUCUCUCUCUCUCUCUCUCUCUCUCUCUCUCUGGACCUCCUCUCCUGCUCAUCCAUCCUCUCCUCUGGACAGGCUCCUGUCGCCAUGCCGCCGCCGGCUGCCUGCUCGGCCGGGUACCGCCGACUCCGGACCCGCCUGGCCGCGGUGCUGUGGAUCGGGCUGCUGUGGAUCAGCGCAUCGAGCGGAGAUAAAGUCCCCACAGCCUUGUCCUCCACCCAGCCUCCAGUGGGGCCAGCAGGGACUACAAAUGAAGGCAGCCCUAAAGGCAGAAGUUCCGGUACUGCCACGGCUGGUGGUUUGCUUCAGUCAGUGCUGGCCCAAAAGGGACGACUGGUCUCCCAGAAAGGGGACAUCAUUCCCUCUGCUCUACCCCAGAACCUGCUCCCUCUUCUGGGCAGAGGACUCAGUAUCAGCUCUCUCCCUGGAAGUCAAUCCCUGGAGCAUGAAAGCGGGGGAUUACCGAGGAGGGUAAAACCCCCAGCAUCAGCUGCAGCGUCAGGCCAAGGCAGUCAUCCAACUCAGCCUCUUCCCACAGACACACACUCUGAGCUGCUUCACACACAGACUCCUGAGCAGGAGACCGAGGUCACCACUGUGGGCUCGAUGCUGGACGUGGACACAGAGACAGAAGCACCUUCAUCAGCCGCAUCCAGCUGCAUGGUGAAUCUCUCCGACCCAGAGGGAUACAUAGACUCCUCUGAUGACCCCCCUCUGCCUGACGGUGCCCUCCUGCACUGCACCUACACCGUGACCGUGUACACCGGAUACGGAGUGGAGCUGCAGGUUAAGAGCGUCAACCUGUCAGAAGGUGAGCAGCUAUCUAUCCGAGGCGUCGAUGAACGAGGAGCCCUGAUGGUUCUGGCCAAUCACACGCUGCUGGUCGAAGGUCAGGUGAUCCGCAGUCCCACCAACAGUCUGUCGGUCUACUACCGCUCUGCACCAGAGGGAAGCAUGGGCAUCUUCCAGCUGCACUACCAGAUCUUCAGGCUGAGCUGCUCGUUGCCAAAAAGGCCUCACUUUGGGGAGGUGUCGGUGCUCGACCUGCUGCCUGGAGGCACCGCACGCUUUCACUGUCACAUGGGUUACCACCUACAGGGGGAGACGAAACUCACCUGCCUCAACGCCUCCCUGCCGGUGUGGAGCGGCAAGGAGCCCAGCUGCAGGGCUCUUUGUGGGGGCACAGUGAAGAAUGCGACAGUAGGGAGGGUGCUGUCACCUUCUCCCCACCAUGGGCCUAAUGCCACCCUGGACCGCUCGUGCUCCUGGUCCCUGGAGGCCCCCAAGGACCAGAGGCUGCACCUCCAUCUGGAGAGACUGGCCCUGGGACCAACUGACAGGUUGGUGCUGUGGAGUGGGCUGGAUGCUGGCUCUGUAGUUCUGUUUGACUCAGGUCGGGGCGGACAGAUACCCUUUGAGGGAGUGAUCAGCGAGGGUCCAGCUGUGAGGAUCCAGUUCAUCACUGACCAGCCAAACCACAACACAGGAUUCAACAUCCGCUAUGAAGCUUUUGAACGCGGUCACUGCUAUGAGCCAUACCUCCAGAAUGGGAACUUCACAACCUCGGACCCGUUGUACAGUGUUGGAGCUGUGGUUCAGUUCACCUGUGACCCAGGUCACUCUCUAGAACAGGGCCCUCCUGUUAUUGAGUGUAUCAGUGCCAGGGAUCCAUACUGGAAUGACACUGAGCCGCUAUGCAAAGCUCAGUGUGGAGGCGACCUGACGGGUCCUGGGGGGGUGAUUCUGUCUCCUAACUGGCCCGAGUGGUACGGAGAGGGAGAGGACUGCAGCUGGAGGAUACAUGUCGGCGAGGACAAACGGGUUCUGCUUGAUGUACAACUACUGAACAUCAGUGACAGCGACAUGUUGACCAUCACCGACGGCGACGAAGUCACGACUCACAUCCUGGGCCGCUACAUUGGAGGCAGCAAUCCCUUUAAGCUCUCCUCCACCACCCCUGACCUGACUGUCACCUUCCACUCCGACCCGGCGGGGCUCGUCUUUGGCAAGGGCGAAGGCUUCAUCAUCAACUAUAUGGAGGUAUCCCGAAAUGACUCCUGUCCAGACCUACCAGAGAUCCAGAAUGGCUGGAAAACAACGUCCCAUGUUGCACUGGUGCGUGGAUCUCGAAUCACCUACCAGUGUGAUCCUGGUUACGACCUGGUUGGACGAGAGACCCUCACCUGUCAGCUGGACCUGUCCUGGAGCUCACAGCCACCAUUCUGCGAAAAGAUCAUGUACUGCUCAGACCCAGGGCAUGUCGAACACUCCACCAGGUCUCUGUCUGACCCCAAACUCCUGGUGGGCACCACCAUUCAGUACAGCUGCAACCCCAGCUUCAUCCUGCAGGGCGGCGCUACCAUCACCUGCUACGGCCGUGAGCCUGGGACGCCCGUGUGGACCUCUCGACUCCCUCACUGUGUCUCUGAAGAUUCUGUUUCUUGUGAGAACCCUGGUCUCCCUGACAACGGCUACCAGAUCCUAUCCAAGAGGCUCUACCUGCCCGGCGAGUCGCUCACCUUUGUCUGUUACCAAGGCUACGAACUCAUAGGAGAGGUGGCCAUUAAAUGCAUCCUUGGAAACCCGUCGUUUUGGAGUGGCCCACUUCCACUGUGCAGGGCCAACCAUGACUGCUUUGGCAACCAUGCUUUGGAAGUUGCAGAGGCGACUGCCGGUUCCCCUCUGGAUGGAGGGAACAUCGCGCUGGCCAUCUUCAUCCUCGUUCUGCUGCUGUCAGUACUGCUGGGAGGAGCUUAUGUCUACGUUACACGGUGCAGAUAUCACUCCAACUUAAGGCUGCCUCUCAUCUACCCCCACCCUUACCGACAGAUCACUGUGGAGACAGAGUUUGACAACCCACUCUAUGAGACAGGAGGACAGGACACUCGCGAAUAUGAAGUAUCGAUAUGAGAAGCCUCUCUAAAAGACAUUUGUGAACCGAGACCGACCAACCCAUCCUUAAUCUUCAUCCUCCCCUCCCUCCCUUCUCCGCCCAGGAAGAGGCGAUGUAAAUACAAAUAAUGAUGUCCAGCCCUUUCUGACAUGAGAACCAGCGAUCAAUCCUGUUCUCUUCUCCUUUGAUGUGACAGCUUGUGCAGAGAAGGUGAGAAACAGGAGAGGAAAUGUGGUGCAAAGAGGACUGAGGCAGGUAGUCAGUGAUGGUCCGGCGUGGCUGGGAGAUGAUGGGAGAUGGAGGACGGAGGGAAAAGACUCAACGAUCAUCUGAGAUCAUCCAACAUGGUGGGAAAAGAGGAGAUGUUGAGUGCCACAGGACAAACAGAAGUUAAGGAGGGGAGAGGGGGAAGGAGUCAGGGACAGGACACAGUGUGAGAAAUGUGGAUCAAAGCACUUUUUAUUCUUUUCUUGAUUGUGAGUAGUUAGUAGAAAUCUGGAAGUAAUAAUCCUGAAGAUUUUUAUGAAACCAGCCUAAUUUUUAAAAAAUAUUUACAGGUAAAUUUAUUUCUGCUGUCAACAAAUGCAUUAUAUUUUUUAAUUGUUAGUGGUCACCAGUUCUUUACACAUAGAAUGAGUCCACUGGGCACAAGUUUAGGAGCCCAUGGCCUUUUUCCAUCAUUUUAAUAUACCUCCUGAUCAAAAUCUUAAGACCGCUUGAAAAUUUGCAAGAAAUUGCAUUUUGCACUGUUGGAUCUUAAGAAGGGUCUAAGUAGAGCUGAUAAAAUGCAAAAGGAGGUAAUCGGCGCAAGAAAAAAAUUGAAUAAAUGAUUUAUUGAAAACAGGGCUGCACAGUGGCGUAGUGGUUAGCACUUUCGCCUUGCAGCAAGAAGGUCCCUGGUUCCCGGGAUCUUUCUGCAUGGAGUUUGCAUGUUCUCCCUGUGCAUGCGUGGGUUCUCUCCGGGUACUCCGGCUUCCUCCCACAGUCCAAAAUAUGCUGAGGUUAAUUGAUUAUUCUAAACUGCCCGUAGGUGUGAAUGUGAGAGUGCUUGUUUGUCUUUGUAUGUGGCCCUGCGACAGACUGGCGACCUGUCUAGGGUGUCCCCUGCCUUCGCCUGAGUCAGCUGGGAUAGGCUCCAGCCCCCCCCCCCCCCCCCCC